CAAAAAUUCAAUCCAGACAUCGAAGUGGUCGGAGUGGAAUGGUGAACGUACGGGAAGCUGUGAAAAAGGACCUCGAAGUUGCAGAUCCUCCCCGCCACCGUGUUUGGAUUAAAUCUCGCACCAAGAGUAGAAAACUUGUCACUGAUUACGACAAGGAAAUUGCCGAGAAGAUAGCUCAAUUAGAGGAGAAGCUUAGUCAGGGACAAAUUCAGGUCCAGGGCCAAAACGAUAUCCUCACGCAGGCGCUCGGGACACCAGAGCAUCCUGGACGUGUCAGGGCUGCUGGGUUCCUGACCAGGGCAUCUCAACUGUUCGGCAGGAAGAAAAGGGAAGUGUCUGAUGUUGUGGCUCGGCAAGCGAAGGAGAUUGAAAAAUUAAAAGCCGAAGUAUCCUAUACAAUUUUGAGGACCAUGCGGCCAUUAAUCAGACAGUAA